AUGCCUAUCGAAUCUUCUAGCGAAGCCAGUACAUCUCCUCCCCCGAAACGCACCAAGUCGAACCAGUCCGCAAGGAAGAGUACUGGCGGGCGACCCCCUAGGGCAAUGCAAGCGAGCGGUGGCGACGGCGGUGAAAGGCGGAAGAAGCGAUUCCGACCGGGAACUGUUGCUCUGCGCGAAAUCCGCAAGUACCAGCGGAGCACGGACUUGCUCAUACGCAAACUUCCGUUUUCACGCGUCGUACGCGAAAUAGCAUUAGACAUGAUGACCGACAUGAACAUGUAUGGCGACGCGGGCCUUCGGUGGCAGAGUUCCGCGAUCAUGGCUCUCCAAGAAGCCACAGAGGCAUACCUUGUGCAUCUAUUCGAGGACGCGAAUCUAUGUGCUAUCCAUGCGAAACGUGUCACCAUCAUGCAACGAGACAUCCAACUUGCGCGACGAAUCCGGGGCCCUUGGGGCUUGGCGUAA